AAAACAAAACAAACCCCAAUUUCCCCUCCUUCCUUCGUCUCUUUCACCCUGCACAAGUACUGCCAGGCCCAGACCUCUCCCUAUUUCCCAACCUCUCUCUCUCCUUGUGUCUUCACUCUUCACAAGUCCCUUUCCUCUCCCCUUGCAAGAGGAAAUCUUCUCCACCAUCAACCCACUGCUCAAUUUCCUUUUCCUUCACUUUCCCCAAGCUCACUCCUCUGUUUUUUCCCUUGUUCCCCCAUCAUCUUUAGCUCAAUGAUGGCGGUCAAACCAAACCCCAUUGGCUAAACUUUUCCUCCUCUCCGCCCCGUUUUACCUCCCCAGUUCCCACCCCAUAAGCCUAGAAGCAAUGCUGGACCAAGACGGCUACGAUUCUUCCCAUGUUUCAUCUUCAUCAUCAUCUUCUUCUUCAAGCUCUGUUUUCUCUUCUUCCUCUGUUUUUCCGUGGCCGCCGGUCGGGGCGCCUAUGAUACUGCAGAGGGACCAGGACGACCAUCUGGGACACUUCGACAACUCCGUCAAUGCGGUGUCGUUUGGGUUCGUCGCCACCGCAAUCCUCAUCUCGAUGUUUUUGGUCAUGGCCAUCUUCGAGCGGUUUCUCCGGCCGGGUGGUUCCGGUCAACGGACCGGCGACCUCGAGUCCCAGAUGGGUUACAACUCCAAGCUCCGCCACCCUUCUCCCAAGAUGACGAUAUAUGCAAAUGGGGUAUCGGUGUUGAUGCCUGGAGACAACAUACCUACAUUCAUAGCACAUCCAGCGCCGGUUCCCACCUUUGCUGCUCAACAUCACCAGCCGCCGCCGCUGCCACAACCACCACCUCUUCCUCCUCCUCAGACGCACCACCAUGAAGCCGCGGAGGAGACACCGGGCUCGUCGUCUCAGGGGGAACUAAGCUGGUGAAGGGUAUUUUGGCUGGGAAAUGGGGAAACUUUUCUUGUAUAUAUAUGAUAGGGUUGGGGUUUGAAUGUAUUAGGGUUUUAGUAGUUGGUCGGGGAGUUGUUUUUGAUGAGUUGGGGAAGACGCUCAUUUUUUUUCCAAAGUAGCAGGCAGAAGUUGGAGAGUUUGGGUCUAUUUUGGUGAAUCCCUAUGGAUCACGGAUUGGAAUUUGGGUCUAUUUUUCAUCCUCUAGAGUUAUUACUAUCUUGUAAACAUUUUGAUCCGGGAGGGGAAUGUAAUUAUGCAUUAAUAUUGAGCAUUGGAAGCUACAUAUGGAACCAUGGUCUCAAAGUGAGUUUCAUUCAAGUUUCUGAUAAGUGUGCGACACAACUCUUUCUAAGGAGUUUCAUUCAAGUUUCUGAGAUAGUAGCCCGGUAAUUUCGGAAGAAGGGGUGCAUCUUCACAAAGAGGGGUCGCAAUGAUCGAGCCAGAGCGACUAUUUACAGUAAUAUAGAUUUGCAAAAUGUGG